AUGUUGCGAUUUCUACAACCAAGUGAUCGCCUGUCUUGUACUCGCUUGGGGGUCUUGUCCUCUUAUCGUCCUUCUCGGCCAACCAAGCUUCGCUAUCCGUCUCCACUUCCCAUAGUUCGGAAUCCUACGUGCCCGUCGAGAUCGGUGAGAGUCUGGACUAGGCCGCCAACCAGAAAGAAGUUAAAGCCAAUUGUCAAGGAAGACUGCUUGGACAAGUACGACUUCCGUCACCACGGGAUAAAGAGUACGACGGAUUUGCUGGACAUCGACAGUCCCCCAGAGAAACAACGCGAUGAUCCACUACGAGACACCUUGCAAACGGAGUUCAUCUCGAUUCUUCAGAGCGGCCAACCGGACUUGGUGAUGCAUGCGCUCACUGACCCUCGAUUCAGCAGCCUGGUAGGAGCCAUGCCAGAAACCACCUUCGUCGAAGCCUUCCUGCUUCUCUCUCCGGCGUACUUCGUCGAGCCCCAUCGAGAGAUUAUUCGAGCGCUCCAUCCAACCGCGGAACGGAGCAUGAAUAUCAAGCCAUUGCAGGAAAUCUUCGACGAAUUCGCCAGCAAACUCGCACAAAUAAUUCGUCUCAGGGUUUCCACAGGGCAAGGUCCAGGCCUGGCGGAGUUCACCCACUUGCUCGCUUGCGCAGCCGCCAUGGGGGAUGCUCAGAUGGCACACAGCGCAUGGCAGGCCAUGCAAGAUCGUAAUGUGGAGCCAGAUACCCAAUGUUAUAAUCAUCUCAUGGAGGCCUUGAUCUGGGACGGGACGUUUACCGGGAUGAGAAAAUAUCGCCUGAGAGUGACCCGUUUCUCGUAUAAGAUGCGAAAAAAUGCGCCCAUCGAUUCAGGCUGGUCGGGAUAUGGCACCGCAGCACGCAGCGUGCUCAAGUCGGUACGAGUGAUAUUCGCGGAGAUGAUGGACAAAUCCAUCCCGCCGGAUGAGACGACCUUUGUCAACAUGAUGCUUGCAUCCUCCGCUUGGAACAUAGAUGUCGACGAGUUGUUGACGGCAAGCGACCAGUCGGGAGCAUCCGAUAUCUACCACACCGACCCUGCUUCAUCCCUUCAUCCCACAGGUCGACUUCUGUUCGCGGUAGCUCACGCCUUCGGAACAAAUAACGAAAUUAAAACUGCACUUCAUCUGGUGGAAUUCAUCGCAAGCCGAUACAAUAUACCCAUUCCCGAGAAGGUUUGGCUUGAAGUGUUCGAGUGGACGUUUGUCCUGUCCCGUCGGAAAUUCGGCCCCGACGCCGAGGACCAGGCGCACACGAGGGUAAAGCCACGUUUCGUGACUCAACUGUUCGAUACAAUGACCACAGAGCCAUACAACGUGCACCCCACAAUUGAGGCACGCCUCAAAAUCGCUAAGUUAGCGUGGGACAGUCGUAUUCUCAAGAACUACAUGCCACAAAUGUAUGCUUCAUAUGAGACCCUGAUGGAGACACGUCGAAGGAGAUGGGAGGCGAGGUCAGCCAUCGCGGCGUUUAUGAAGCGGCGCAGGCUACAUAGAAGCCGCGCAAGUUGGCAGUCGCGAGACUUGGCCAACGCAAUACACACCUAUGAUAUCCUCAGACUGCACACAGCCCAACAGACUGAGCUGGUGAGAAAGCUCGCAAGAAACAUGCUGAUCAACAAGCUGUGGACGGGUCGAGACAAUCCUGCAUGGUUUAGGUCGCUGUUCCCCAGAGCGCUGGAAGAGUGGCGCGACUUCCUCCCGGAGGAUUUCCACUUGAACACUCGUGGCGGAAUAGUGCAUUUCAAUGGGAAAGUCCGCUGGGGUAGCCGGAACCGUUACAGCGGAAAGCGAAUACCGAUUCGGCGACCCACACCCUAUAAUGAUGUCGAGCCGGGUGACGAGGACAAUUAUCUUGACGACGAGUUCUUCUGGGAAGCUCUUCUGCGUCUCGGGCCAGAUAUCGAGCCAACAUCUGCAUCCCUUAAGCGACUAUUCGAGCCGGUUCUGGAGAAGUAUCGUCCCGCAGAAGACGAAUCAACCAUGUUGAGCAGCAAUUGA